AUGCCGUCAACCACUGCAGAAACGCUCUCCCUCGUCAACAGGAACGUGUCGGUAGCACCGUUAGUGCUGCUCUCGGCGACAGAUCACUACGCCCGUUCAGCAAAGGGCACACGCAAGCGAGUAGUCGGUGUGCUGCUGGGUCAAAACGAUGGAAAGAACGUGAGAGUAUCAAACAGUUUUGCUGUGCCAUUCGAGGAGGACGAGAAGGACCCGUCAGUGUGGUUCCUUGACCACAACUAUGUCGAAUCAAUGAACGAUAUGUUCAAGAAGAUCAACGCUCGCGAGAAGCUCGUCGGAUGGUACCACACUGGCCCCAAGUUGCGCGCCUCGGAUCUGGAGAUCAACGAGCUGUUCAAGCGCUACACGCCCAACCCUCUGCUCGUCAUCAUCGACGUCCUGCCCAAGGAUGUCGGCGUGCCAACCGAUGCUUACUUUGCCGUCGAUGAGAUCAAGGACGACGGAACCACGACCGCAAAGACAUUUGUACACACACCCUCGACCAUCGAAGCAGAAGAGGCAGAAGAGAUUGGAGUAGAGCACUUGCUCCGCGAUAUCCGUGAUGUUGCUGUUGGAACUCUGUCAACUCGCGUGACAUCGCAAUUGCAGUCGCUGCAAGGUCUGCAUCACCGCCUGCAAGACAUUGGCAGAUAUCUCGACAAGGUCGUCGACGAAGAGCUCCCUGUCAACCACGCAAUCCUCGGCAACCUUCAGGACGUCUUCAACUUGUUGCCCAACCUCUCGACUCCCAAGACCGCAGGCGCCAUUGGUCUCGCUGGCCCACAAGCAGCUGGCGAUUCAGAGCUUGCCCGUGCCAUGAACAUCAAGACCAACGAUCAACUCAUGUCCAUCUACCUUGGAAGUUUGGUUCGCGCCAUUACUGCCUUCCACGACCUCAUCGAGAACAAGGUUCAGAACAAGCAACAGGCCGAUGACAAGGAGCAAAAGAAGGAAGAGGACAAGACGAAAGAGACUAUCAAGAAGACCGAGGAGCUCAUGCUGAACGGCGACGCACCGGCCGAGCAGCAAGAAAAGGAAGACAAGAGCACCAAGGAUGACAAGAAGAAGGGAUGA